AUGCAACCAGUCGUUAAAGAAGUUUAUGAUGAUCUUAAAUCUAUAACACCAGAUAAUACAAUGAUGAACAGUCCAAUGGCUGCUCAAAUGGGUUUGGGGCAGGCUAGUAAUCCAAACCCAAUUGCAUCGGGUGCCAUGCAACGUGGCAUGGGAAAUAUAUCUCCUAACCAAAUGUCUCCAGGAAUGGGAAAUACAAAUAAUAUUUCGAACCAUACUCAUGGACCGAAUGUGCGUUUUGGUAAUCCCAAUAUGGAAAAUAAUAUGCAAAUGGGUACAGCAAGUACUCAACAACAGCAAUUGGGUCAGAUGGCUCAACCGAUGGAUGGAGCAGGCCAACAUAUGGGUGGAGCAGGCCAACAUAUGGGUGGAGCAGGCCAACAUAUGGGUGGAGCAGGCCAACAUAUGGGUGGAGCAGGCCAACAUAUGGGUGGAGCAGGCCAACAUAUGGGUGGAAUGGGAGCUAAUAUUGUUAAUAUGAUGCUGGGUGAUACGAAACCUAGAAAUUUCCCAAAUCAGGGUAGCUCUCAAGGAGGUAUGGGCAAUGUUGGUGCGCUAUCACCCGAAAUGAAUAUGUCCUCGAAUAUAAAUGGUUAUCCAGGCCAGUAUAAUUCGGGGACAUCUGGCAGCCCAGGACAGUUUAAUAAUAACAUGAUGCAAGGAAAUCCAGGAGCUCAAAUGCAAAAUCCAAAUCAAUACAUGUCACAGCCAAACAUGUAUGCUGGCGGCAAUGCAGACAUACAAGGGAACCCCAUGAACCGGAAUAUCAAUCAAAUGAACCCUGGCUCACAGCAGAAAGGCCAACCAAUGAAUGCCCAUAAUGUUUAUGGUCAGCACAAUGCGGGUAUUACAAAAUUUAAUGAAAUGUUCCCAGGCGUAAUGCAAGGAGGAGAUCUUGGAUUUGAUCCCAUGGCAAUUGCUAUUCAGAUGAAUCCAGCGAAUCAGCAAAGGGCUGCUAUGGAUACUAUGCAGAAAAUGAUGAUGAGUAAUAGUGGCAACAAAUUAAAUCCUUCACUUUUACAACCUGUUAUAAACGCCACAAACGCGGCGAUGACUAAUUUAACUCAACAACCAGUAAAUCAAGCCCCUAAUCAACAAAAUGCUCUUCCUUCAACUGCUCAGCCUGGUGGUAAUGUUGGAGCCGUACCUGUUUAUAAUCAGCAAGUACCGCAACAACAAGUAUAUACUGCUCUUACUGGUGAUCCAACAACCCACCAGCAACAAGUACCUCAAGGACAAGUACCCUUACAACAAUAUCAACAACAACAACAACAGCAGCAGCAGCAAAUGGUGGAUCCUAAUACAGGAGCGGCUGUCUCCGGUAAUCUUCCGACAGUAUACGAAAAUUCAGAAGAUUUUACGCCCAGUCCAGAAGGCUCACCGCCUACUCGAUCGCCGCCUCCAACUAUGCAACAAAUGAUUAAAGAGCCUAUAUUUCCCGCGGAUACUUCUAAGAAUAUGCCACCUACUAAUCCUCAAAAAAUAUAUCACUACAAUACUUUGGGUCAACCAGUUGAAAUGCUUCCGGCGGAUGUUUAUCGUUUUCCAGAACCGAGUCUACCGCAAACUUUAUCGCCUCAGUCGAUUACAAGAACUGAUCCAGGCAGAUAUAGUAAUGUGAAGUCGACUGUGAGCAAAACUUCACUUAUUGGAAAUCGUCCUGUUGGCAGAAAUCCAAGUAAAAGCCAGUUACAACAUAUUUACAAUCAAUAUAAAGGCUCUCAAUCAUAUACACAGCAGAAUGUGAAAUCCCCUAACAACGGACAUUCUUAUUCCGAUGGUCAUCUUAAUAUUUCCAAAGAUAACAAUAAUCGUCAAGCCCAUAUUGAAAGGGUUGGCGGAGAUAACGUUGCAAAUAACAAUAUGGAGGCGAACGGUCCUGCUAGUGUGGAUGUACUAAAACCUAGUCAAGUUGGAGAUAUUCCACUGUCAAACAAACCCCCUUCUGAAACUGAAAAGACAGUGAUUGUUGAUUUUGGUGAAUUAUCAACAAAGAUGUCUCUCUUUGGAUCAUUGAUGGGCGACGUGGAGGAUGAUCCAUUUUUCGGAUCUCACAUGCGACAAAUGCGCCAGAUGAACAAUAUGAUGAACUCCUUGUUCGCGGAUCCCUUCGGCAUGUUUGGAGGUGAGGGUCCUCUAUCCAUCAUGGGCCCUCGUCAUUCUAAUGCAAUGAUGCCUUUCAUGCCUCAGAUGCCUGCACUGAAUAGACUUUUUACUGAUAUGGGCAGUGGCAACAUGCAUCAUGUUCCUGGUAGCUCCUUCAGCAGCAGCACGGUUGUCAUGUCCAGCGGACCUGGCGGAAAGCCACAGGUAUUCAGUUCCACCAGCAGCACAAAGAUUGGUCCAAACGGCAUUAAGGAGACAUGCAAGACGGUGCAGGACUCUCGCACUGGCACCAAGAAAAUGGCUAUUGGUCAUCACAUUGGCGAAAGGGCACACCUGAUAGAAAGGGAGCAAAACUAUUACACAGGCGAUGCUGAAGAGCGACAGGAGUUUAUCAACCUGGACGAAGAAGAGGCUGAGGACUUCGACAGGGAGUUCCAAUACAAAGCUGGCAAUGGCAACGUUCGUGGUCGCCCCGCCAUACAAGCCGCCCGUCGCGAGCCUCAACGUCUCGCCCUGCCCGCCCCACCCCCAGCUAUACAAGUACCCAACCCAAGCGUGCGCGAAGUGUAUGGCGGGUCCCACCCCCAGCGCCACCACCGGCACAAGCAACACAAGGCGCACGCGCACCGACCCGCGCCCUCUGACAACUAGGCCCUCGGAGCCCUGCAGACCCGCUAAAGACCCUCCACCAUCUGGGCUUCGACAGCGGCACUGCCUAUGGUUACACAUCUACUACUAUUUACUACUAUUUAUUUUACUUACCUAAAAGACGACGCUGUUAUAUUUAAUUUAAUUCCUAUUCACAUCGUCAUCAGCCUAUAAGUGCAAAGGCCUCUUCUCACACGGAGCUCCACGCUAGCUCUAGGCGGAUUGGCGAUUUCAAACUUUCAAAUAGGUUCCCUCGCGAUGUUUUCGUGUCGAUGUCAGUGGUGUCAAAAUAAUCUAGAAAGUACUUUGAACUCGGAAAAGGCACAUUGGUACUUGCUAGGUUUCGCAUCCGCACCCUCAUGCAUGAGAAGUGAGCGCCUUAACGUUCUAGGCCACCAAGACAUUCGAUUUCUUUUGCGUAUCCUAAUAUCUAUUGCCAUACGCAUGUAUGGGACAGUCGAGGCCAAAAAAACAGAAAGUGAUAUUCCAUUUUUGUAAUGUAUUUAUCUCUCUAGAGGCCCUAAAUAAUAGAUUUUGUUACUCAUCUAUUCGUAAACUAAUCUAAUGGCAAACUAACAUCUAGGAGAGACUAAAAGGACUUUGUGCCUCAGUGGCGCCAUCUAGCGAGAAUGAAUUUUGCCAAAUUGACUUAUGUAUUCUGAUGAAUUUUUUUUUUGUUUUGAGUUUGAUUUUUGAUUAUAGAAUUAGAAAAUUCUAGAAUUUUAUUUUCGGGUUUGCUGAUUUUGAGUAAGUUACAAAUUGUAUUUAGUUUUCAUUAUUUGUAAGCGUGUAACCUUUGGCGUGCUAUCAAAUAAAACUGGACAGGAUUACCGCGUGUUUAUUGCCAAAAUAUGUUUGAAAAUGUAUUUACGCGGCUUUCCCGAGGUCUUUUGAAAUCUCAAGAUCCUCUUUUUUAGUUAAACAAUCUUGAUCUCGUUUCCUGUCCAUUUUAUUUGUUGGCAAGCCGCUGCCGUUACAAAACGACUCGUGAUAUCGCCUUGUAUCGUGAUUUAUAUUGUCUAAUGACUUCGGACGUAGACUUUAGUGAAAAUGUAAUAAAAUAGGACAUAAUAAUAUUGAAAUGUCAUUGCACCAUUCGGUGCAAAACCUCCUUUUAUUGGACUCUGCACUCAGUAAUCACGACAAAAUGGCGACAAAUUUUCAAAAUGGCUGCUAUUGUUAUUAGAAUUCUUUGAUAUAUGUUAUUUAAAACAAAGAUUACGGUAAUAAUAUCUGUGAAGUUGGACAAUAUCUGUAUAGACGAAACACGUGCCAUGCCUAUGCGCCUCGAUCUCGCGUGUGCGUUCGCGGCGCACAGUGACGAACUGACGCUGUGUUGUUUAUUUAUCAAAAAUCGCGCAAUUUUUUCCCUAAUAAAAUAAUAAUGCUCGAAGCGGCACGUUUCGAACUGCGUAUCAGUAGACAUUUAUUUUAAAGAUGCGGCCGAGUUACAGUACUGUAUAGAUAUUAUUACCGUGACAAGAACACUGUCGUGGUAAUGCGUGCUUUGUCCAAGAUUCCAUAAACUUAUCUACCUGUAUUCUCCCACCUGACAAUCGUACUCUGUGUUAGAAAAAUAGUCUUAUAAAAUUACCGUGUUCUAUAAUCUGUGGCGAUGGUUAUUUUUGCCCCAAUGUUAUUAUAAUCUGUAUUACACGGAAAACGCCAUCUUUUAGUUAUCAACAACGCCAAGCCACAGACUAGUUUAAUAUUUAGGUAGAUUAAAUGUCAUUUUUCUCAAAUCAAUAUUUUGUAGUUCAAAAUAAAAUUAUAAACAUUGUUAUUCUAUAUCGUAAAUUAACGUUGAUUUUUUCGGUAAUUCCUAUACUUAAAAUUAGUAAUUCAUUUCAAAUUUCACAUAUCCGAUUUUUGAGUUUAGAAUUAGAAUGCGUUCGAAAUAUUUAAGUUCUGAUAUCGUAAAUAAGAUUAUGAUUAAUCAUAAAACUCAUUAGUAAUAUAAGUGUCGUACUUAUAAGUUAUUUUUCGAUAAAUUGUUCAAGUUAUUUUUGUCGAGGUCGACUUAUAAAUUUUUGUUCGUCGUUCACUUAUUUAUUCGUCGAUUUCGAUAAAAUAGUUUUUGCAAUACAAUAUCAACAGUUUCCAUAGAGGUUAGAUGUCUAUGUACCCACUAGACGGAUAGUUCACAAAGUAAUAAAUAAGGAUUUUUUUAACUAAGGACCAUUGGCCAUUGAGACAAGUUAUGUUUGCAGCUAAUGUUGGCACGAAUGGCGUAUUGUUAAUACAGAGUAGACUUUGACUGUGAUACCGUAGAGUAUAUUUUGUAUUACCUCGUCGUGCAGCGGUACAAGUUCCAGAAGGUUCCCGCGUAUUAUUAUUGACAGGUCUGAAUGGCUCCUGGCAUUACAUUUACCUCCAUCCCGUCAUUAUCAGUUUGAUUGUCGUAACAACUGUUCUGCACAAAAUUGCAACGGUGCUGGACCGCUACAAAUCGCUCAUUCCUUCAAAUAAAAUUAAUUAUUUUAUUUAUUCUUUUCGUUUUAUUUUAACGCCUUGUUUAUUUAGACCUAAUGAAAUAUUUUUAGACAUAUUAUUGAUGUUAGUUGUAAAGAACCAAUUUAUUACUUGUGUGAGAUAAUAAAGUAGUGAAUUCUCUUAUU